UUUUAACUUCACUUAUUUUUCUAUAAAUAUAUUUACGAAUGACCAAUAAAUACAUGUUGAUCAUUGGCACAUGUCACGCGUUUAUCAAUGCAAUCUUGAAAAAAUCUUUGAAUUUUUAUAUUUAAACUCUGUAAAAAUGGUUUCAAUGGUUUCAUAUACCCUUGUUUUUACUGCUUUUAUAAUUGUAUCAGGUUUGAGUCUUGCACCGUUAUAUCAGGGUUCAAGUUCACAAGCGAUAUUUUUAAAACAAAACAAAGACGUAGAAACAGCUUUUGACAAGUUUAUAGAAAUUUUAUAUAAAACUUACCUAAACAAUCAAAAAAGAAAUGAAAAAGUGACAGAAAGUGAACAAAAGAUUCCUAUGAUAGGAAGAAAAGAUGAAAACAGCACAAAAAAAAAUUACAAUAGUGUAGAAACUAACAAGUUCGAUUUGUUUUCUGAUUUCGAUGAACAGUUUCCUAAAAAUAUUGAAUAUGAAAAAACUUACACAAACUUAGAAAAAAAAGUACUUGAAGAUAGGAGGCUGCUAUCGUUAUUAAACGAAAUAUUAAAUUCUCGAAUUACAACUAUUCGACGUAAUAUUCUAAUUCAAAGAAAAGCAAAUAGAGAUAGUUACCAAAAUGAAGAAAAAAAAAGAUGAAAAUAAAUGGCAAUAAUCCGAUGAAGAUAUUAGACAAAAAUCGCAAGUUAUAUAUUUACGUAAAUCAAAAAUAAGAUAAUGUUAAAGAUGUCACUUUACUUAAAAAGAAAAUAUUUUUUGCCAAACUA